AUGGACGAUGGUCCAAAGAAAGGAAAUAUUGGCGAAAAAGCUUUAGUGGAAUUAGAAUCAAGCGUAGAUGAACCCGAAUCUCAAAAACUCAGUGCAACACCACACAGAAGUCAGAUCAAAGAAAAAACAAAAGAGAAACCUGAUAAGAAACAAAAAUCAGCUCUUGAAGAAAAACCCACGAAGAAGGCUUUUUUAGCGGGAGUUGCUGACAACAAGGCAGUUCCCUUUGGAGGACCGCUAGGAAUAAAUCUGAUGCGAUUUGAAGAAGAAAUCGAACCAGAACAUGCUGAAGAUGCUAUUCAAGAAAGAAACCAACCACCGCACGAUCAAAAUGACAUUCUAGAAGAAAUAGAGGUAGUCCGUCAAGAUAUUGGUAAUUUGAGACACGAAGUUGGGGAACUUCGCAAUGGCAUGAACCAAACCCUUGGAAAUUUACGUCAAGAAUUCCGCGACAAUAUUGGUGAACUUCGCAAUGCCAUGAACCAAAUUACGGCUUUGCUUAUGGAGCAGAAUCAACAAAGACAACAAAAUCAGCAACCAUCCGACGACAUGGGGCAGCAACCACCAAGCGACAUGGGGCAGAGCAACCGCGAUCGCCAAUAAGCUGCCUCUGCGAAAAUUGAAGCUUUCGUGCGAAAACCAUGUACAAAUAAGCUGAUGAUUUUUUAAAAUAUAUUCGUUGAUUACAAUUGUAAUUUUCUGAUUGAUUAGUAACCAUGUUUUUUAUUAUGUCAUUGAGAUAAAAUAUUCGCAAGAAGAUGCUUAAAUGAUAGAAAUAUCACAUCAUUAAGUGAGCAAUGCAGAAAAUUUAUGAACACGAAAGUCAACUCGUCUUU